AUGCUGUCAAGAUUCAUACAAAUUAGUGGUCGUACCACUAUUUCUAAUAAUGCUUUGAGGGCCCCAGUCCUUGCAAGAUUCCAACGUGCCAAUGUUAUUUUACGUAGAGACAUUCGCAAAUACUCGAGUGACAAGGAAGCACCAAAGAAGAAAGACGAUGAUCAACCUUUCAACAUUCCAAAGGGAUUCGAAAGCUUCUUCUCAAAGCAAAAUAAGAAUCAGACAAAGAAAGCUGCCGAGGAAGCCGCUUCUGAAAAUGCAAAGAAAUCGACUGACCAGAUCCCUAAACCUCCAAAGAAUAACAACAGUAAUAAGACACCUGAAAUUCCAACCAACUGGAAUGCGUUACUAGGUGCUGCCUUUGGUACCUGGCUUUUAUGGAAAUUGACAGCACCAUCAGAAUCUUCAAAGGAAAUUACCUGGCAAGGGUUCCGUACACAGUUACUCGACAAAGGUCUUGUUGACAGACUUGUUGUCUUGAAUAAGAAUAGAGUUCGAGUCUACUUGCGACCUGAAGCCAAUACACUUGGAUUGAGCCCUAGUCAGUCAUUUGUCUUUACUAUUGGAUCACCUGACAGCUUUGAACAGAAAUUAGACCAAGCUCAGAACGAACUUGGCAUUCCUCCCAACGAACGUAUUCCAGUAGCCUAUCGCGACGAAGUCAGUAUGCUCAAUGUACUUGCUCACUUUGCGCCUUCAUUACUGUUGAUUGGUGCCCUCGUCUACAUGACACGCCGUGGCCCAGGCGGUGUUGGUGGGCAAGGUGGCAUCUUUGGUAUCGGAAAAAGCAAGGCAAAGAUGUUCAAUCAAGAAACAGACAUCAAGGUCAAGUUCAAGGAUGUUGCUGGAGCAGAUGAAGCCAAGGAAGAAAUUAUGGAGUUUGUCAAAUUCUUAAAGAACCCUGCUGCUUAUGAACGUCUUGGUGCAACCAUUCCUAAAGGUGCCAUUUUGUCGGGUCCCCCAGGUACAGGUAAAACAUUGCUCGCAAAAGCCACAGCCGGUGAAGCUGGUGUGCCCUUCUUGAGUGUCUCUGGUUCAGAAUUUGUUGAAAUGUUCGUUGGUGUUGGUUCGUCUCGUGUAAGAGACUUGUUUGCAACAGCCAAGAAGAAUGCACCAUGCAUCAUUUUUGUAGAUGAAAUUGAUGCCAUCGGUAAAGCUCGUUCAAAGAAUGCACAAUUCGGAGGAAACGAUGAACGUGAAAGCACUCUGAAUCAACUUUUGGUUGAAAUGGAUGGCUUUGACUCUAGCCAACAUGUUGUCGUUUUAGCCGGUACCAACCGUCCUGAUGUUUUGGACCCUGCUCUUAUGCGUCCUGGUCGUUUCGAUCGUCAUAUCGUCCUUGACCGUCCUGAUAUCGGAGGUCGUGCUCAGAUUUUCAAGGUCCAUUUGAAACCUAUCAAGACUACCAUUGAUGUCGAGCAUCUCUCUCGCAAACUUGCUGCUCUUACUCCAGGUUUCUCUGGUGCAGACAUCCACAACGUCUGUAACGAAGCUGCAUUGAUUGCUGCUCGUCGACUCAAGGAAGAAGUUGAAGAAAAAGACUUUGAAGAUGCUAUUGAGCGUGUCAUUGCUGGUUUGGAAAAGAAAUCAAGAGUUUUAUCACCAGAAGAAAAGAAGACUGUUGCCUAUCACGAAGCAGGUCAUGCUGUUGCUGGUUGGUACUUGAAGCAUGCCGAUCCUCUUUUAAAGGUCUCAGUCAUUCCUCGUGGAUCUGCUGCUCUUGGUUAUGCUCAAUACUUGCCCAAGGACCAAUACCUUUACUCCAAGGAUCAAUUGCUCGACCGCAUGUGUAUGACAUUGGGUGGUCGUGUCUCUGAACAGAUCUUUUUUGAUUCCAUCACAACAGGUGCACAUGACGAUUUGCAAAAGGUGACAAAGAUUGCAUACGCUCAAAUCACUCAGUAUGGUAUGAAUGAAAAGGUGGGCGCCCUGUCCUUCACAGAUCAAAAUGAGCAACAACUCCAGAAGCCCUAUUCAGAGCAAACCGCUACCCUGAUUGAUAACGAAGCAAGAAGAAUGGUGAAUGAAGCCUAUGAGCGUACAUUGAACUUGUUAAAUGAGAAGAAACAAGAUAUCGAAAAAGUUGCUCGAUUACUAUUAGACAAGGAGGUUUUGACAAGAGAAGACAUGGAGAAAUUAUUAGGAAAGAGACCCUUUGAUGAACAUACUGUGUAUGAUGAAUACGUUAGAAAGAAGACCUCUUCUCCACCCCCUUUCCCAGAAGACGCACCCAGUGCACCACCUUCUGCUGAAUAA